UCAUCAGGCUCCGCCCCGGCAACAGCGACAGCAGCGCGAGUUCCGUCAAACUUAAGCUCCGAUCCAUCGAUUCAAGAGAUUAAAAGUGUGAUUGAACAUGACGAUCUUCAGCUUUAGCGAAACUUGAGAGCGCUGGAGCUCCUCCGAUGCGGUUUAUUUGAUCAGUGCUUGUGUUUGUGUUUGUGCUGCGGCUGGAUUGAACAUCAUGACGCCUGACCUGCUGAACUUCAAGAAGGGAUGGAUGUCUAAACUGGACGAGAGCGGAGAGUGGAGGAAACACUGGUUUGUGCUGACGGAUGCUGGACUGAAGUACUACAGAGACUCUGCAGCAGAAGAGAGGGACGAGGUGGAUGGCGAGAUCGAUCUGAAGGCGUGUGUGAAGGUCUCGGAGUUUGACGUGGAGAAGAACUACGGCUUUCAGAUUGAGACCAGAGACGCCGUCUUCACUCUCUCUGCCAUGACGGCCGGCAUACGCAGGAACUGGAUCGAGGUCUUGAAGAAGAACGUCCGGCCCAGCAGCUCUCCAGACCUCACACAGCUGCCCAACUGUAGCAGUGAUAAAGAAAACGCCCGUCAUUCCUCAUCCCUCCGCCACCGCAGCCAAUCAGAGGCCACCUCCACCACCGCAAACCCUACCCACCGCAAAUUCGACUAUGUUGAGCUGUCGCCCAUAGCCACGCCUUCUACCCCUGCCUCCACCAAUCAGAGAGAGUCGGGGGAGGGGCAGGUGAGAGAACACAGCCAAUGGCAGGAGCGGCUGCGUGACGAUGCCCACAACCAGUGGGAGGCGGUGCUUUCGCGGAAGGGGGUGGGCCAGCAGUCGGAACAGAGACGAAUAGAGGAGGAGAUUGAGAAGAAGUGGGCGGAGUUUGAGCGGCUGCCGCUCAAAGAGACGAGGUCGCUCCCACCGAUGGGCUCGCGGUCAGGCCUGUCUGCCAAUCAGGCCCUGGAGAGGGAGGUGGCGUCUCUGAGGCAGCAGCUGGCGGAGCUGGGGGUGGGGCCGGGGAGGGGGGCGGGGCACUGUGCGGAGUCAGGCUGCAGGGCGAUGCUGCAGCAGAUGGAGCGCACACACAGGGAGGUGCUGGAGGAGCUGGAGAAGCAGCAUUCACAGCAGAUUAGCGCACUGGAGCGGGAACGAGACACACUGCUAAAGGAGGAGAGCGACGCCACCGCUCGCGUGAUGGAGGCGCUACAGAAAGCACACAGAGAAGAGCUGGAGAAAGUCACACAACUCAGAGAGACACAUGGGACAGACUCACACACACUCGACAAGCAGCAACAGGCGGAGCUGGUGUCCCUGCGGCGGGAGCUGGCGUCUCUGUCGGAGCGAUACACUCAGAAGUGUGUGGAUCUGAAGCGAGCGCAGCAGCACAGUCUGGAUGCGGAGCGACUCGUGAGCCAGAAGGACACACAGAUGGAGCAACUGAAGAGAGACAACCAGGACCUCCAGGCGCGUCUGUCAGAGGAGGUGAAGGUCAUUCGGUCUCUGGUCACAGGUCAAGGGUCAGACGGAGUGACUGACAGCACUGAGAGGUCGUGGUGUGAGACACAGGUGCUGCUGCGUGUGAGAGAGAACGAACUGCAGUACUUACAGAAGCAGCUCAGCAGCCUCCGCAACCAGCUGCUCUUCCUCACUACGGAGAAGAGCAGCGUGUGCGAGCGCUACCGUGAGGUGUGUGAGGAGCUGAGCAUGAUGAAGAGCCGCAGCGAGCGCGAGGCCGAGACGCUGAGAGAACACCUGAGACUGGCACUGAGCGCGCUGCACGAGGGACCGCAGACCGACAACACACACACUCGCAUGCACACACACGCCUCCUGAGGGGCGGAGCCUCACACACGUGCCUUCAUUUCAGCCCAAUCAGCUGCAGCCGUUCCCAUCGGCCAAUCAGCUGCGGCACACUGGAACAAACGCUUCUGCACUUUCUCACGUCUCUCUGUGUGUUUUACUCCUGGGAACAGAACUGGAACAUCUCGCACACACACACACACACACGUAUGAAUAAUCAGUCUCACUGGGUUUAUCUGCCAAACUAAUAUCUGAUUAUGUGCCUCCUGCUCCUGUGUGUUUGUGAGAAAGAGAGAGUGUGUGUGUGUGUGUGUGAACUGCCUUUGUGCCACAAAAACAAAGAGCUUUGCUUUAAUGAGCCAAUGUUUUUUAAAAGAUGUUUGCGUUUCUUGUCAUUAUAUUUAAUUUUAGAGUUUAACGCUUAUGUAAACAUAUCGUACUAGGACUAAUAAAACAUGGGUUCUUUGGU